CCCUUCCCCGCGUCCUGUACGAUGAAUCGAAAACGGGUCUCACUGCAUGCCGAGCGCCUCUCCACUACGUCCUGGCCUCGCAGUACAGCCGGAUCCCAUGGCAUGGCUGCAGCUUUCAUUUGCAUCCUUCAUGCAGGACCAGCGCAAGGGCAACUGUCGCGGGUCAUAUAAGGAAACCAUGUCUCUGCCAGCUCGCGGACCGUCAGUUCGGUCGGUUAGGCCGCCUCUUUUCUUCAUCUGCACCCUCUUGUUGUUUUGUUCCUUUUCCACUGGCGUUGCUUCCCAUCUGGUGUCACACCACAUUGAAAUUCCAGCCUGCAGUGUACAAUAUAACCCCCAAACUCUUCUUUUUCUCGACCCCUCCAGCCGCUUGGUUGGAAUUGAUUGUUUCCACUGUCCCGGGAGGUGCUUGUCCCGUUGCUUUUGCCCUUCCGCGUGCGCUCUUCCGACCGUCUAUAAAGAUGGCAGCCGCCACUCACCCGCCACCACUCCGCACACCUUCACCUAAGAUCCGCGUUCAUCGCUCCCAGUCAUUCGAUUCGCCGACAUCCAGGGUAUCCAUAACCCCAAUCGAGGACAGUCCCUAUUCAAAAUCCACCGGCACCAUCACUCAGCUGCCACCCCACUAUGAUACGCUGCAAACCCUGAGCCAGAGGAGCAAAGCGGUGCUCCGAACCAAACUCAGCAAAGACUCUUUCCUAUCCGAUAGCACAUCAAGUGCCGACUCUACCGCUUCCAGCUCCCCAACUGAAGGGGAGAGCACAGACGGAGACGGAGCGCAGUACAGACUCUUCUCCUCGGGAUCACCAGCACCCCCUUCCCCAUCACCAUCCUCACCAUCACCACAGAUUCAGCCUAUGCGCCCAGCUCUGCGAGCGCGCCAUCUGGAUAUCGGCACUCCUCGCUUUCAAACCAUGCCUCUCCCCCAACCUUCAUCAGUAUCGUCAUCCUCAGGCAUGUUCGCUUCCGCGCUGUCCAUGUAUCAGGAUGUUAGCGUGCCCAUGUAUGACCCCUGGCUUGUGCGGGUGGUUCUGGAUCUGUACGACAUUCGCGGAUUCGAGUGGACGGUCAUUGCGGAGAUGGUGUUGAGAAUGUGGGGGUUUCGCACCUGCAGUUCAGAGGUUCUGGGUAUCUUGAGUGGGAAUGGGAGGGUGGGGAGGCAGUGGUGGGAUUGA